CCGGCCGACCAAGAUCCGGUGAUCUCUUCCUUUCCUUCCGUUAAAUCCCUUCGGGUUUCCUCCCCUGCCAAGAAGUUCCUGCUUUUUCCGGAUAACUGUUUCCUGAAAAUAGCACGCAUUUUCGGAAUCACGCAAUGGAGCGGGUGCAGCAGCUGGCGGAGAAGAAUGCAGUGGUGGUGUUCAGCGUGAGCUCGUGCUGCAUGUGCCACGCGAUGAAGAGGUUCUUCCGGGGGCUCGGGGUGAACGCGAUCGUGUACGAGCUGGACCAGGUUGCCGGCGGGAAGGAGAUGGAGAGGGCGCUCGCCGCCGUCAUGGGCCGCGGGCCGCCGGUCCCCGCCGUCUUCAUCGGCGGCCGCCUGGUGGGUCCCACUGAGAGAGUCAUGGCACUCCACCUCAACGGCACCCUGGGUCACAUGCUCAGGGAAGCAGGGGCGAUUUGGAUCCUUUAGAUCUCUACUACCAUCCCCUGAUCACGACGCCGGAAUCCGAGAGUUUUACGUUCACAUAAAGCUUCACUUACGAUUUAGAGAGAGAGAGAGAGAGGUUGUAAAGAAAGAAGUCUAGGGUUUGGUUGUACAAGUUAGCAUGGAAUGGAUGC